CCGCAGACAGUGGUCGUGCCCUCGCCCUCGCUGGCACAGUGUGUUCCCUUCUUUGCCUGCAGCGUGCUAAGGUUGUGUGUCAGCGUGCAUCUCUGGCCUCCGGUAACAGCUCUCCUGCCUCUCUUUGAUUUGCAGAACAAUCAAGUUCUCGGGAUCGGAAGCGGUUCUACGAUUGUCCACGCGGUGCAUCGAUUAGCUGAGCGAGUUAAAGAGGAGAACCUGACGAUUGUCUGCAUCCCGACGUCUUUUCAGGCUCGUCAGCUGAUCCUGCAGAAUGGCUUAACGCUAAGUGACUUGGACCGACAUCCAGAGCUCGACGUCGCCAUCGAUGGAGCAGAUGAAGUCGACUCUGACCUCAACCUUAUCAAAGGUGGCGGUGGUUGCUUGACGCAGGAGAAGAUAGUUGCAGGAUAUGCAAAAUGCUUCAUCGUUAUUGCCGAUUACAGGAAAAAAUCAGAGAGCCUUGGGGAGCGAUGGAAGAAGGGAAUUCCUAUCGAAGUCAUCCCCAUGGCUUACGUCCCCGUCACCAGAGCCCUGACCAAAAACUUCGGAGGCGCCGCGGAGCUGCGGAUGGCUGUUAGCAAAGCGGGCCCCGUGGUGACAGACAACGGGAACUUCAUCCUGGACUGGAAGUUUGACAGGGUUCAUGAAUGGAGUGAAGUGAACACCGCUAUAAAAAUGAUACCAGGUGUGGUGGAGACGGGACUCUUCAUCAACAUGGCCGAGGUGGUGUACUUCGGCAUGGAGGACGGCUCGGUCAGCGUGCGGGAGAAGCAGCCUCGCUGAUGCCAGCCCGCUGCCUGCUCUGCUUCGCCUUGGGCCAGUCCAGUUCAGCUGUCGUAAUGGUGCCAACCUGACGUUUUGCCUUAACGAGCAGCGGUUAUCGCAGAAGACGGACGGGAAGUUGAUCAGAAUCCGCUGACGUGAUACUGAAUGUCUUUUUUUAAAAGCAAACAAAAAAUUAUAUUCUAUUUCUAUAUAUAUAUUUUUACUUUACAGGAAUGUUGUCUUUUUUAAAGAACCAUUUAAACAAAUUGCUUUAACGUUUUUAUUUUACUUUCUAAGAAAUACUUACCAAAAAGAA